AUGUGCUACUCCGUAGAAGAAACCGCGUGUGAAGAACACUUCCGUCGUACAAUCACUCGCAAUCCAGAUGGUCGCUACGUAGUGCGCCUUCCUUUGAAGCAAGAAGUACUCUUGGGCUUGGUCGACAACCGACGCACCGCUCUUCGAAGAUUUCACCAUCUUGAAGGUCGCCUUAUACGCAACACGGAGCAGCAUCAGCAGUAUCGAACGUUUCUAGAGGAUUAUUAUGCUCUUGGCCACAUGCAACACGUGUUUGAUCAUGAAAAUCCACCCCGUCCCUGCUACCAUCUUCCGCACCACGCAGUAAUACGGGAGGACAGCUCGACAACGAAACUGCGUGUGGUCUUCGACGCGUCGUGCAAAACCCCGAACGGACCAUCGCUAAACGACGCUCUCAUGGUGGGUCCUAUUGUCCAGGAAGAACUCCGCUCAAUCAUUAUGCGUUCUCGGACACACCAAGUGAUGUUGAUCGCCGACAUCAAGCAGAUGUAUCGUCAAGUUUUGGUGGACAACCAAGACACACCGCUGCAACGAAUCGUCUGGAGAUCCUCUCCCAACAACUCAAUCGAAACAUACGAGCUGAAGACUGUCACCUACGGCACCGCUAGCGCUCCAUAUCUCGCUACGAGAGUUCUCCAACAACUAGCCGACGACGAAAAAGAUAAUUAUCCCGAAGCGGUCGACGUGCUGCGUAGAGAUUUCUAUGUUGAUGACCUUUUCUCUGGAGGACGUAACACGACGGAGGCUUCUAACCUCCGCCGACAACUCGAAGCUCUUCUCUCCAAGGGCGCAUUCGAACUUCGCAAAUGGGCAUCUAAUGAGCCAGCCGUUCUUGAGAACGUACCGCCCGAAAACCGUGCUUUCAAAGCUUCAGUUGAUUUCGAACGAGACCAAUGUAUUAAAACACUCGGAUUGCAUUGGGAACCGACAACUGACCAGCUUCGGUACAAAAUCCAGCUUCCGUCUACAGAAGAUUCUCCCCUCACUAAACGCAUCGCACUUUCCUACAUCGCUCGACUGUUCGACCUGCUAGGCCUAGUGGGCCCAGUUGUAACUACCGCCAAAAUCUUCAUGCAAACACUGUGGACGCUGAAGGAUAACGACGGUAGGACUUGGAGUUGGGACGCUGAGCUCCCUCCGAAUCUGAAGGAACGCUGGUACGAGUAUCAAUCGCAACUCCCACGGCUGAACGACCUGCGUAUCAACCGCUGCAUUCUGAUUCCGAAUCCAGAAAAGGUACAGCUACAUUUUUUCUCCGACGCUUCGGAACGCGCAUACGGAACAUGUGUCUACGUUCGAUCUACUAACGCUACCGGCGCUGUCAAAGUUUCCCUUCUCACUGCAAGGUCUAAGGUAGCUCCUUUGAAAAAUCAAAGUAUUCCCCGAUUAGAGCUGUGUGGGGCUCUCUCGUCCGCCGAGUUGUACGAAAGAGUGACGUCAUCGCUUCAAACACCAGCAGAAACCUACUUCUGGGUCGAUUCGACUAUUGUCAUCUGCUGGCUCAAAUCGUGUCCAUCGGCGUGGACUACUUUUGUCGCAAAUCGCGUCUCCAAAAUCCAGACCAAAACACGGAACUGCUCAUGGAAUCACGUAGCGGGUCAACAGAACCCCGCAGACCAUAUUUCUAGAGGGCUUCCGGCUGAAACGCUCCUCAUUUCCCAGCUUUGGUGGCAGGGUCCACACUGGUUGAAAAAUGAUCCCAGUGAAUGGCCCAUUCAGCAACAAGAUAGUACACCUCAUCUCGGGGCGCUCGUAGAAGCGAGAAAAACAUCACCUGCAGUCGCCUCCGCAUCUGUUGAACCUACGUUCGUCGAUCAUUUAGUAGCACGAUUCUCAAACUUCCAGCGUUUAGUUCGAGCAGUAGCCUACUGUUAUCGGUUUGUACGGAACAGCAGGCGAAAGUUACCAGAUGAAUCAACAGCGACCUACUUAACAACAGACGAGCGGAAGGAAGCGGAAGCAGUCAUCAUUCGUUUGAUCGAGCAGCAGACCUUCAGUUGCGAGUACAACAGCCUGGAAAGAGCACAACCUGUACAUCCGAAAUCUCGCAUCCGAUGGUUCGAUCCGUUCUAG